CAAAAGGCGUAGUACUGCAGGUUGUUUUGUUGUAUCUUGCCUCUGUAUAGAAGCCUAACCUUUUUACAGUGAUCAAAGGAGACCUGACCCCUUUGGGCGUGAUCUGUGUGUAACAGCAGACUAACUUUGUGGCUGUCAGCUGACUUGCUCAGUUAAGUCUCUGUGUGAGGCUAGUCAAUGGGAAUCAGUCUUGAAGAAAGAGGAUAUAGUAAAAGAUGGGAAAGAAAUCACUAUGCCUCCUGGUUGCUUCUGUUCUGAUUGCCUAUUAUGUUUACAGCCCGCUUCCAGAGAAUAUCGAGGAAGGCUGGAAACUGAUGCUGAUCGAUGCUGGCUUUAGAACCUUAGGACACAUGGCUGGCAUCGCUGAGAAACUGGGUCUUGCCCAUUACAUGGAAACAAUGAUGAUGCUCACAUAUUUAGAAAAUGUAGCACCAGUAUCAGAUGAUAAGGUCACUGUAACAGACACAAAAAUGAAUGAUGUUCCAGUUCGUCUAUAUGUCCCUAAAGAAAAGCCUGACUCUUUGAAAAGGGCAGUAAUUUUUAUUCAUGGAGGUGGAUGGUGUCUUGGAGCGGCAGCCAUGGGUUCCUACGACCUCCUGUCAAGAUGGACAUCUGAAAGAUUAAAUGCAGUCGUCAUAUCAAUUGAGUACAGAUUGGCACCAAAAUAUCAUUUUCCGGUUCAGUUUGAAGAUGUAUAUGCAGUAUCAAAGUACUUCCUGCAAAGGAGUGUUCUUGAACAGUACAAAGUAGAUCCAGAAAGAGUAUGCAUUUCAGGAGACAGCGCAGGAGGGAACUUGGCUGCAGCUGUAACACAGCAGCUUCUAGAUGAUCCUGAUGUCAAAGUUAAACUGAAGAUCCAAGUUUUAAUCUACCCUGCUCUUCAGACCAUUGACAUGAAUUUGCCAUCCUAUCAAGACAAUAGAAACAUGCCAAUUCUGCCUAAAUCUUUAAUGCUCAGAUUCUGGAGUGAAUACUUUACCACCGACCUCUCUCUAUUGGAAGCUAUAGAAACCAACCAGUAUGUUCCUCCAGAAUUUAGUCAUUUAUUUAAGUUUGUAAACUGGAGUGAAUGGCUACCUGAAAGGUUUAAAGGAGACCAUGUUUAUACCAGCCCAGUACCAGGAAAUUCAAAGGUUGGAUGGAAAUAUCCAGAGUUCUUUGAUCCAAGAGCAGCACCUCUGUUGGUUGAUGACAUCAAGUUGCGUGGAUUACCCCUGACAUAUGUUAUCACGUGUCAAUAUGAUGUCUUGAGAGAUGACGGACUCAUGUAUGUCUCACGUCUUAGAAAAGCAGGAGUUCCAGUAAUACAUGAACACCUCGAAGGUGCUAUUCAUGGAAUGCUAUUGAUGAAUUCAGGUCUAUUAUUCUUAAAUGGGGGACAGAUAGCAGUCAAUAACUACAUUGAGUGGUUAAAUAAGAACUUAUGAAGGAAACAUGUCUGUGGAUAGAAUGGCUUUGUGCUCUGAUUCACUCAGGCUUUGUUUUAUACUGAUUUUUUCUUCUUCAAGGAAGAAAUUUCUCUUUUCAGUGAAUUAUUUUGAUAUGAUGGUUCUUUGGAUAUUGUAAUUGAUAUAGAAUCAUUUCCACCCUCUCUUUUGACAAGACAGAGAUAAUUUUGGUUUUUUUGCUCCUUUGUCAAAUUGUUCUUAAUUUAAAAUAAAAUAUCUAUCAAACCUUUUAGUAUGAACUUGCUGUUUUUAUAGAUGUGAAAGCUUGGGGAGAAAAUUGGGUAAAUGGGAAUAAAACUCUUUUCCAUCAGUGA